AUGCACAUGCCUGUUAAUGGCCAUGAGAGAGAGAGAGAGAAAUCAGGAAUAAACUUUAAAGUAACAGUAAUUCAGUCAAUGGAUGUUCACGUUGGAGAUACAGAACGACGCUCUGGCUGUAUCUGGUUUUGGAGAUGUGUACCCUCUGUGCCACGGCUCACACUCACAAAGCCCUGCUUGCCCAGAGGGACUGGCUGUUCGCCUUUUUUAAAGCAUCAGGAGAUUAAUAAUGCUUUUUGGACGGCCUUGGCAAGAUUUCGGCAAGCUCAGCUUGAGGAAGGAAAAGUUAAGGAACGAAGACCUUUCCUUGCAUCGGAGUGUAAUGAAUUGCCUAAAGCUGAGAAAUGGAGGCGACAGAUCAUUGGGGAAAUUUCCAAGAAGGUGGCACAGAUUCAAAAUGCUGGAUUGGGUGAAUUCAGAAUUCGGGACCUGAAUGAUGAAAUAAACAAACUUCUGAGGGAGAAAGGACACUGGGAAUUCAGAAUAAAGGAGCUAGGAGGUCCUGAUUAUGCUCGGAUUGGACCAAAAAUGUUAGAUCAUGAAGGGAAAGAAGUUCCAGGAAACAGAGGUUACAAGUAUUUUGGAGCUGCAAAGGAUUUACCAGGAGUUAGAGAACUUUUUGAAAAGGAACCCCUCCCGCCACCUCGGAAAACUCGAGCUGAGCUUAUGAAGGCCAUUGAUGCAGAAUACUAUGGCUACAGGGAUGAAGAUGAUGGCAUUCUGGAGCCACUGGAACAAGAACAUGAAAGGAAAGUUAUAGCAGAAGCAGUGGAAAAAUGGAAAAAGGAGAGAGAAGCCCGACUUGCGAGAGGGGAGGAGGACGAGGAGGAGGAAGUAAAUAUCUAUGCUGUCAAUGAUGAUGAGUCUGAUGAGGAAGGUGGCAAGGAAAAAGAAGGUGAAGAAGGCCAACAGAAGUUUAUUGCACAUGUUCCAGUGCCAUCUCAGCAGGAGAUUGAGGAAGCUCUUGUACGGAGGAAGAAGAUGGAGCUUCUUCAGAAGUAUGCCAGUGAAACCCUCAUGGCACAGAGUGAAGAAGCAAAAACACUUUUAGGAUUGUAACAUCGCACCAGGUUUUUGUAUAAUCCAUCUCAAAGCAACAGGUUCAUGUAUUCUGGUAGCAAUCACUUUUAGCUCUCCAAGUCCUUUUGGAUGUUAGAGUAAACUGAUGAAGUCAGUGUGUUCUGUAGAAGGGAAACCAUUGUUUUGCUUUACCCACUGAAAUGACUUGCAUUUCAGCACUGAAAAAGAUCAAACUUGUCUCUACACCUUCAGCAACUGUCUUCAGUCCUUCCACUUUGUGAAACAGCCUGUGCAGUGGUGCCUCUUGCGAUAGAACCGCAAACCCAGUCACUCCUAAAAUCCUGAAGGAAAACUGACUGAUGUUACCACCAUUCUGUCUUCUGUAUCCUGACUGUAAGCAUGCACAUCUUUCUCACGUUGAUUUUUGCUGACCUGAGUCCCAAACUAACUUUGUUAUGCCUGGUUAGUUUACCAGAACAGCCUAAAGCCAGUUUAGAGAUACCUUGGUGGCAAAUGUUAUGCAUGACUUUGAAGUUGAUUUAGUUCUUUUAUAUAACACAUGCAGUAUGUCUAAAAACUGUUACCCUUUUUGUGGUUUGUAACCAUGCCUGGGUGAAUUACUUAAAUGCUGGAUAUUCCAGCAACUAUUGUAAAUACUUCCAACUUUGCAACACCUUCUUCAAAUAUUUUUAGUAAAACUUAUUUACAACCUGAUGUCUUGUU